CAAAUCUAAAGUCCAAAGCUCAGUGACUUUUCAGAUUAACAUAAUUUUCCUAUUCUCAAUAUAAACUGAACCAAAGUCUUCUAACAGUCCCCUAUAUAUUUCCAAAGUAGGACUAGGGAAGAAUAGGUGUGAUUUCAGAAUGAAUGUAUAAGUAAUAAGUAAGAAUGUGAUAAUGACUAUAGUGAGAUUAGUUUACCCAGAAAUCAGCAGAAAUGGAGAAAAACUCACAAUUCAAUAUCUAGAUGAACUUUCUGGAAGCUGGAGUGGGUCUGAGAUAUGUCCCUUAAGGAAGUAUCAUCUGAGUAGCUGAGCUCCCUUUCACCUUCAUACUCCUAGUAAUCCCUGUCCAGCACCAGUUUUGUAGAAUUCUUAAAAGGUCUGUGAAGUCCUAACCUACUAGCCCUGGAGUGAAGUGGACUAAUCUUAACAGUUAUGGACUGUUGUGACAUAUGAGAUUACAGAUUUUAAAAACUUUAAAAGAGUGAUAUAAAGUGUAUUAAUUUUACACUCAGAACAUAACCCAACAUAAAAUCACUACUGAUGAGUCUAUGAAGAACUUAACUCAGGACCUAAGAGUCAAUUAAGCUCAAGGACAACAAAGACCAAGUUGGCGAUGAUGACUGAGUGAUGAAAUAGUGAUCAAAGGGAAAGAUGAAGCUAGUGUAAUAAAGAUGGGAGGGGCUGAGCGGGAGUAUAAGUAACUACCCAGAAGUUCAGAGCAAACCUUGGGGAAACUGUCUCCCUGACCAAAGGUAUUCCUAAGGCGAUAACGGAGCUGAGGGCUUAAUACUCUGUGGAUCUUCUUCUACAUCUCGUAGGGAAAGGUCUGGAUCAUCAUGAAAUUUAUCUUCUACUUGAGUGUCCUUGCUGGGACAUUUUUCUUUGUUCAUUCAGCUGUGCAGAAAGAAGACCAUGCUCCCUAUUUGGUAUACCUCAAGUCUCACUUCAAUCCUUGUGUGGGUGUCCUCAUCAAAAUCAACUGGGUGUUGGCCCCUGCUCACUGCUACUUACCAAACCUGAAACUGAUGCUGGGAAAUUUCAAGAGCAGAGUCAGAGAUGGGACAGAGCAGACAAUUAACCCCAUCCAGAUUAUCCGCUACUGGAACUACAGUGACAGCGCCCCGCAGGAUGACAUCAUGCUCAUUAAGCUGGCUAAACCUGCCACACUCAACGUCAAAGUCCAGCUUCUUCCCCUUGCCACCAGCAGUCCUCGCCCUGGCACUAUGUGUAUGCUCUCAGGUUUGGACUGGAGCCAGGAAAACAAUGGCAGACAUCCUGAUUUAAGGCAGAACCUGGAGGCCCCUGUGAUGUCUGAUAAAGACUGCCAGAAAACUGAACAAGGAAAAAGCCACAGAAACUCCUUAUGUGUUAAAUUUGUGAAAGUAUUCAGCCGGAUUUUUGGGGAGGUGGCUCUUGCUACUGUCAUCUGCAAAAACAAGCUCCAGGGGAUCGAAGUUGGGCACUUCAUGGGAGGAGAUGUCGGCAUCUACACCAAUGUUUACAAAUAUGUAUCCUGGAUUGAGAGGACGACUAAGGACAAAUGAGAUGCUGCUUCUCCCUCUGCAUCCCACUGCCUCUACCACUGGCUACUUGAGUCAAUAAAGUCAAAAUCCUUGGAUGCUGUACAC